GCUGUAGACUUUGCAAGCACUUCCAAGAAGGAGCCUCUUUCUGUCCGUGACCCUGACCGCUCCGGGUCUCGGCUCCCUUCCUCCCCCCGUAGGCGGGCGAGGCCGGGGCAGAUCGGAUCUUGCCGGGGGACGCCAGAACGGCUGCAACACAUUCAUUCCGAAAAACCAGCUCAGCUGCCUUCUCACCUGAGUUGGGUGACUCGCUCGGACACCGGGAGCGUGCUGCACUGUUUCAGAAGAGAUCAGGGCUGGUGUCCAGAACUGGCAGGAUUAACAACAACAACAAAAAAUCCUUUCAAUUAAGAAAUGAGUUGAAGCAUUUAGAAACUCACUCAUGCACGAAAAAGCAUGGAAAUGGACAGAAGCCUAGGGAUGUGCCCCAAACCAGUUUUGCCAGUUUGAGUCACAUCUGGACCGGAUUCAGACUGAUUCAGCCUGCUUCGAUUUGGCUCCAGUUCAGAGAUGCCCUCCAAUCUAUUUGCUUUGCUCUGCUGACAGAACCACAUCCUGAUAGCCAACCAACUUCUCAAGAUGUCAAAAAACGGUUGUGCCAGGUAACAUUCCAUGCCUGCCUUGCCUGUUGACUGGCAUUGGUCUCGCAGAGCAACUCUGGACAAAAAGAGAGACUCAUCAACAUGGCCAUGGCUGCAUCAAAGAAAGGGUUAAGUGACUCCCCUCCCGAUGGUGGCUGGGGGUGGAUGAUUGUGAUUGGCUGCUUCCUAGUCACUAUCUGCACUAGAGCUGUAACAAGGUGCAUAUCAAUUUUUUUUGUGGAGUUCCAGACUUACUUUGCUCAAGAUUAUGCCCGAACAGCUUGGAUCCACUCCAUAGUAGACUGCGCUACCAUGCUUUGUGCACCACUUGGAAGUUUUAUCAGUAACCAUGUCUCCUGCCAACUGGGCAUCAUGCUAGGAGGAUUGCUUGCAUCUGCUGGACUUAUCUUGAGUUCUUUUGCCACCAGCCUGGAGCAUCUUUACCUUUCCCUAGGAGUUCUUACAGGGUUGGGAUUUGCACUUUCUUAUUCACCAGCCAUAGCAAUGGUGGGCAAGUAUUUCAAUAAGAGGAAAGCACUGGCUUAUGGGAUUGCAAUGUCAGGCAGUGGAAUCGGUACCUUCAUCUUGGCCCCUGUGGUCCAGCUUCUAAUUGAACAGUUUUCCUGGCGUGGAGCCUUACUCAUCCUGGGAGGUUUCGUGUUAAACCUCUGUGUGUGUGGUGCCCUGAUGAGACCGAUUGCAAUAAAAGAAGACCGCCAGAAUGUGCCUGAAUUCCCUGAACAAGAGUUUGAAGUACAAGAGCAGGACUUGAAGCCAUGGUCCGCCUGUUCCCCUUUGAUCAAAGUGUGGUCUCACAAAUGCCUAUGCCAAUGCUCAUGGCAGGAAUACAAAUUUUUACUGAUGCCAGACUUUGUGGUGCUUGCUGUGUCUGUCUUAUUUAUGGCUUAUGGCUGCAGCCCCCUCUUUGUUUACUUGGUGCCUUAUGCAUUGAGGGUUGGAGUGAGUCACCAGCAGGCAGCUUUCCUCAUGUCCAUCCUUGGGGUCAUUGACAUCAUCGGCAACAUCACCUUUGGAUGGCUCACUGAUAGAAGGUGUUUGAAGAAGCAUCGUUAUGUUUGCUACCUCAUCGCUGUAGGAAUGGAUGGCCUCUGCUGUCUCUUCCUUCCAGUUCUCCAAAGUUUUCUACUCCUCGUGCCUUUCUCUUUCACCUUUGGAUAUUUCGAUGGAGCCUACGUAACACUGAUCCCAGUGGUGACAGCAGAUGUAGUGGGCACUGCUUCCUUAUCAUCAGCCCUCGGAGUGGUCUACUUCCUUCAUGCAAUACCAUACCUAAUUAGCCCACCUGUUGCAGGUUGGCUUGUGGAUACAACGGGCAGCUAUACAGCAUCGUUCCUGCUGUGUGGAUUCUCCAUGAUAUUCAGUUCAGUGUUACUGUGCUGUGCAAGACUGGCAAAGAAGAUCAAAUGGACGGCCUCGAGGUCAGCUGAGAGUGAUGCGGAUGCCAAGCAAGAAAUCUGGACAAAUGGAACAAUGGCUUACUCUGUAACCGGAGAAUUAGAUCAAAAAGGGGUGGAGUUGCUUACUAGUCAGGCCAACAGCUAUACUAAAAGAUGACGAUGUGCUCCGAGUCCCUCUGCCCUGUUGUGUGUACAAAAUAACCUUUUGCUAAGAUAGAUUUUGCUAAGCACGCUACAUUCUUGACGAUUUUCCUUCCCAGUGUGAAGAAAGAAAUAAGGCACCUUUCAAUCAGAGUUUCUGUGUCCUAAAAAGCCAUUGGCUAACGAGGGUGGAAAAAGAGGAUUUGUUUAAAAUGUGGGUAAGAUUGCUAAUCCAGUCCUAGGGCUGUAAAGAUGAGUUUGAUCAUCAUCCAGAAAUAAUCUAUAUGCACAAAGAAGCAAAGCUGGACAUUCAAAUGGCCGGUGAAACUGUCUUUAAGACAGUGUUUGUACACUAAGCCUUUUAAUGUUGUGUAAAGCUGUUCUUGUAUAGGGCAGCAAGGGGAAAAUUAUAUAUAGAUUUAUAUAUAUUUCAUAUAUAUUUUAUAUGAUCUCUGGUUAAAUCUGAAAAUAACUGUUAAAUGCUGGUGUCAUUUGCAGAGGAACUCUGCUGGAAAUCUGUGUUUUAUACAGUGGUUAACCUUAUUUUAAAUAUCACUGAAUCAGCUUUAACUGUAUGCUGUGCCUACAUUUUAUAAACAAUUGGGAUAUGAC